CCAGCAGCCACAAAGCACUAGAGCAAUCGAUGCUAAGAGGUGACAGGAAAAACAGGCUGCAACGAUCCAGCCAAAGGAAUGCCGUUGCAGCGGUGGUCAACCUAAAACACUGUGGAAGGGCAAGUUAGGCCUACUUAGCAAUGGCACGGACAAAGCAGACAGCUCGCAAGUCCACCGGCGGCAAAGCGCCGCGCAAGCAGCUGGCCACCAAGGCGGCUCGCAAGAGUGCUCCGGCCACCGGUGGAGUCAAGAAGCCCCAUCGCUACCGCCCCGGCACCGUGGCUCUGCGCGAGAUCCGCCGCUACCAGAAGUCCACUGAGCUGCUAAUCCGGAAGCUACCUUUUCAGCGCUUGGUACGGGAGAUCGCACAGGACUUUAAGACCGACCUGCGCUUCCAGAGCUCGGCGGUGAUGGCGCUGCAAGAGGCUUGCGAGGCCUACCUGGUGGGGCUAUUUGAGGACACCAACCUGCGUUGUGUGCGACUCGUCUUGCUCAUCAUGUCCGGCCGCGGCAAAGGCGGGAAGGGUCUUGGCAAAGGCGGCGCUAAGCGCCACCGCAAGGUGCUGCGUGACAACAUCCAGGGCAUCACCAAGCCGGCCAUCCGGCGCCUUGCUCGCCGCGGCGGCGUGAAGCGCAUCUCCGGCCUCAUCUACGAGGAGACCCGCGGGGUGCUGAAGGUCUUUCUGGAGAACGUGAUCCGGGAUGCUGUGACCUACACGGAGCACGCCAAGCGCAAGACGGUCACCGCCAUGGAUGUGGUUUACGCGCUGAAGCGCCAGGGUCGCACCCUCUACGGUUUCGGCGGUUAAGCUUCCUAGUCUAUCCAUAAAAGGCCCUUUUCAGGGCCCCC